AAUCUUCGGCUCAUUUCACUUCCUGCCUUUUGCGUGCGAAGUUUGCACUGCAAUGUGGAGUCUUAGCCUUGUCGCUUUGUUCUCGGUGGGAGUUGCCAAUGGGCAAGGUGUCACCGAGUUAAAGGCCCAUAUCCAAUCACUACGAAACCAGAUCAUUGAGCAGCGCGAAUUGAUCAAGGUGCAAGAGGAUCGCUUGGUUGAAGCCGAAACCGCCGAAGCACGACGGUUGCAGCUCAACUCCUAUGUGACAGUGGCCGAUGCCAACGUUGAGUUCGGCAAGCUGGACACUGCCAGCCUGGGUGGAGCCUUGGACUCUUUUUGGCUUUGCCUUUGUGGUAGCCUGGUGAUGUUCAUGCACGCUGGCUUUGCCAUGUUGGAGACUGGAAGCUGCCGCGCCAAGAACGCCUCCAACGUGCUGAUGAAGAACUUGGUGAACGUGUGCGUGGGAACCAUCGGCUGGUGGCUCCUGGGUUGGGGGAUCGCCUAUGGCAGCAAAAAUGGAACCGAUUUCUUCGGUACCGAUGGCUUUGUCGGACAGCACUUCUACACCCGCGAUGCCUCAGGAAACAUCCAGCCGCUUGCCUCGUGCGACGACUCGGGCUGUCAGAGCACCUUGGCCUUGGGCAGGCCAGUGGAUGCAACAGCUGGUUCUGUGAACCUUGAAUUGGAAAGAUGCAGCCAGCUGUUCAGCGCGGAGAAGGCCGAUCCUACCUUGUAUGCAUUGUAUGCGUCAUGCACUAUGUUGAGUUGGUUCUUCCAGUGGGCCUUCUGCACAGCGGGCGCCACCAUUGUGAGCGGCGCUGUGGCCGAACGCGUCAAAGGUCCCACCUACGCGGCUUUUGCCUUUGUGAUGACCAGCUUUAUUUACCCAGUCGUGGUCAGCGCCACAUGGGGCGGUGGAUGGUUGGCCAGUGAGGGAGGCCCCGGAGCUGGCUACAUGGACUUCGCAGGCAGUGGCGUCGUCCAUCUCACAGGCGGCAUCGCGGGCCUGGCGGGCACCAUUGUUUUGGGCCCGCGCAAAGGCCGCUUCGAAUAUCCGGAGGACUUCGAGGCGCAUAACCUGCCGCUGGUGGUGUUCGGCACCUUCGCUCUGUGGUUUGGCUGGUAUGGCUUCAACCCCGGCAGCACGCUGACCAUGAAGUCCGGCACCGAUGGCGCGCUGGCGGCCCAGGUGGCCAUGAACACCACUUUGGCAGCCGCAGCAGGUGAGUGCGAAAUAUUUGGGAGCAGUGCCUGCCAAAUGAUGAAUAUAAUAUAUAUAUAUAUGUAUAUAAUAUCAUAUAUAAUAUGA